UUCUCAUUGAAUGUUAAGGCCUAAAGCUACAGCCUUGGCUCAGUUACAAUUCAUUGAAAGGUCAGGAAGGUCUCUUAUUUUAUACGUUCUCACCUUUUGAGGAGUUAACAAAAAUAAUUGAUACAACGUAAAAUUUCGCAAAUAGAAGUGGUAAAAGAAAAUAUAAAGCCAUGGAAGACGAUGGCGAUACCCAGUUCGAUACCGUGGACUCAGGUGCCUCGAAGACCUUCCCUAUGCAGUGCUCGGCUCUGCGGAAGAACGGCUUUGUGAUGCUCAAGGGACGCCCCUGCAAGAUCGUGGAGAUGUCCACCUCGAAGACCGGAAAGCAUGGCCACGCCAAGGUCCAUCUCGUGGGCGUUGACAUCUUCACCCAGAAGAAGUACGAGGACAUUUGCCCCUCGACCCACAACAUGGACGUGCCGCAUGUGAAGCGCGAGGACUACCAACUGACGGAUAUCAGUGACGAUGGCUAUGUCACCCUGAUGUCGGACAACGGUGAGAUACGCGAGGAUCUCAAAAUUCCGGACGGAGAUCUCGGAGGAUCACUGCGCUCGGAGUUUGACGAAGGCAAGGACCUUCUCUGCACCGUUCUAGCGGCCUGCGGAGAGGAGAGCGUUAUCGCCAUGAAGGCCAACAAUGGGUGAUGGGGUAAAAAUGUUUCAGCGGAUUUUCAGGGAAUUUUGAUUUCCGAUUAAAACUCACUCGCUUACAUUUACCAAACAAUCAACUGCUUUGUAAACCGUAUACAUAUCACAUAUAAAUAAAUUCAAGCUUGAAAUGUA